CUAUUCUCAAUUCACAUCCAUUCCUAUCGCAGAGAGCUAACAAUGUCGAUUAUCUCUCUCCCAUCUUACUCAAAUUAACUAGCCGAAGAAGAAGAUGACGACGACGACCUCUUCUUCCUUCUCAUUCCUCUCAUCCCUAGUUUCAUCUCCACUUCAUCGAGACACAAUCAAGAAGAAAUCCCCCGCCGCCGCAAACCUCAUCAUAAUCAAACCAGGAACAAAUCUCUCCUCAAUUCCCUCAUCCACCGUUCGUUGCUCCUCAACUUCAGCACCCACCUCCCCGCCGGACCAAAAGAAGAGACAUUGGAAGGUAGGAGAAUACCCCGCUAACUCAGAAUCAUCUCUCCCAAAAAGAUUCAGCACAAAUCGUCGUCGAACACCGAUUAAGAACAUCAAGAAGAAAUUGGAACGCAAGAACAACGCCACCGCUUGGGUUAAUACCGUUACUGAAUCCCUCUCUGAUCGAAUCGAGAAAAAACAAUGGCUUGAAUCUCUCCAGGCAUUUGAUAUGUUAAAGCAACAACCUUUUUAUCAACCUAAAGAAGGAACUUAUAUGAGACUACUUGUUUUACUUGGAAGAUGUGGUCAACCAAAACGUGCACACCAACUGUUCGAUGAAAUGAUUCAUGAAGGAAUUGACCCUACUUCUGAACUCUACACUGCAUUACUCGGUGUUUAUUGCAGAUCUAAUCUUGUAGAUGAAGCAUUCUCAAUUCUCGAAUUGAUGAAAUCCCUUCCCAAUUGUCAGCCUGAUGUUUACACUUACAGUAUUCUGAUCAAAGCUUGCGUAGACGCUGCAAGAUUUGAAUUAGUUGAUUCUUUAUACAAUCAAAUGUCCGAACGAGCCAUUGUUCCGAACACAGUCACGCAGAACAUUGUUUUAAGCGGGUAUGGUAAAGCAGGGAAGCUAGACCAAAUGGAGAAAGUUCUAUCGGGUAUGCUUGAAAGCACGACAUCAAAACCCGACGUCUGGACAAUGAACACGGUCAUAAGCUUGUUCGGAAACAAGGGUCAGAUUGAAACGAUGGAGAAAUGGUACGAAAAGUUUCGUAACUUUGGUAUCAACCCGGAAACAAGAACAUUCAACAUUCUAAUUGGGGCUUAUGGGAAGAAACGAUUAUACGAUAAGAUGUCUUCAGUUAUGGAAUACAUGCGGAAGCUUGCGUUUCCAUGGACGACUUCCACUUACAAUAAUGUGAUUGAAGCAUUUGCUGAUUCUGGGGAAGCGAAGAACAUGGAGCUCACGUUUGAUCAGAUGAGGUCAGAAGGUAUGAAGGCGGAUACAAAGACGUUUUGUUGUUUGAUUAAGGGUUAUGCGAAUGGAGGUUUGUUUCAUAAGGUGAUUAAUUGUGUGGAAUUGGCGGGUAGAAUGGAGAUAGUGGAGAAUGUUACGUUUUAUAAUGCGAUUAUAUAUGCUUGCGCGAAAGCCGGGGAUCUUGUGGAGAUGGAAAGGGUGUUUAUGAGAAUGAAGGAGAAGGGAUGUAAUCCGGAUUCAAUGACUUUUUCGAUGAUGAUGGAUGCUUAUGGAAAGGAAGGGAUGAAUGAUAGGGUUUUUGAUCUUGAGCAAGAGAAAUUGUCUUUGUUUUCUAGGAGUCUUGAUGAUGAAGAAAAUGUCGAUUUGUAGCGUUUGGAAAGGGGUGUCGAUUGAGAAUGUUUCGCUUUGACGGGGUUUGGAUCAGAACGGUUCACGAGUCGUUGCAUUAUGUGUUACAAAGUUGGGCGAGUGUCGCCCUUCUUUAUGAUGAUGUUCUUCAAUAGGUUGUAUUUUUAACCAGCUUGAUCAAGAAAACUUCAUAAUUAAAUAAUAGCAAAGUUAAUUGAGCUUGUGUUUUCAUCUUGA